GACAGUGACGUGUGAUCCUACUUUCUGUUCAGUUACAGCCGGACCAACGACGAGGGUGGAGGCGCUUUUUGCAGCAUGGAGAAUACCGGGCUUCCUGAACUCAUUCCAUGCCUUGAUGUCAAGGAUCCACAGUUUGAUGGCGUUGUCGUGGUUACAGAUAGUGUCGCCAAAUUAUCUGGUGUCAAUGACAACCUGGAAUGUUUGAAGGCUCCGUUGGAGAGUUAUCACCAAGUGGAUUUGUCCUUUGGUAAGGAGGUGACACUGAUCGAUACAGAUGUUGUCCCGUCAAGACGGUUGAUAUUUUCCCCUACUGGACCCCUGAACCGGGACUAUGAUGACGUGCGACGAUUUGCUGAUGCUGGGAGUAAAGGCAUUCUGAGGGCGAUACAGGCAGGGUGUAAGCACCCCCUACUGGUACGACCUAUAGACGAUAGUUUCCCUAAGGCUGGAAGUGUAACAACACUCGGUGUACUACAGGCUGUCUAUGUGCCUCUUGAAAUACGUGAGGAUGUUCCAGAUAAGUGCCCCAAAAUCUCAAAGCUUGGUGUUUGGUGUAACGACCUGAAACGAGUGACACAAGGGAUCGAUCUUGCCAACGGUUUGGAGAGAGGAAGAAUUGCAACACGAGACAUUGGGGGAUCAGACCCAGAACGCAUGGCUGCCCCACGUGUGGAGGAGUAUGUAACUGCAAUGUUCCGCAAUACAUCUGUCAAAGUGACAGUGCACGCUGAUGCUGGUCAGUUCAAACAAGAAUACCCGCUGUUAUCUGCAGUUAACAGAUGUGCUAGUAAAGUAGACCGACACUGUGGCCGCCUGAUCUUCCUUGAAUACGAAGGGGAAGGCAAAGUGGAGAAAACCUUGUUUUUGGUUGGAAAGGGGAUUACCUAUGACACUGGCGGAGCUGACAUAAAAGCUGGAGGAGUGAUGGCUGGUAUGCACAGAGACAAAUGUGGAGCAGCCACAGUGGCAGGAUUCUUCAAGACAUUAUCAGAAAUGAAGCCAAAAGGGAUUAAAGUUGUAGGAGCCCUUUGUAUGGUCAGAAACAGUGUUGGAUCAGAGUGUUAUGUGGCAGAUGAAAUCAUAACCUCCAGGGCUGGGGUUCGAGUUCGUGUCGGCAACACUGACGCUGAAGGUCGUAUGGUGAUGGCAGAUGUAUUGUGUCACUGUAAGGAAAUGGCUGUUGAUGCUAUCAACCCAGAAUUGUUCACCAUAGCAACACUGACUGGACAUGCUAUUCGUGCAAUGGGGCCAAAAUAUUCGAUCAUCAUGGAUAAUGGACCAGCUCGUCAGCUCAACACGGCUCGCAACAUGCAGGAAAUUGGAGACAUCUGGGGCGAUCCAUUUGAAGUCUCCACAAUCAGGCGUGAAGAUUUUGAGUUCCACACUGGGAAGUCAGAGUAUGAGGAUGUCCUUCAGUGUAACAAUGCGCCCUCAUCAGCCACAGCCCGAGGACAUCAGUCUCCCUCUGCCUUCCUCAUCAUGUCUUCAGGCCUUGACAAGCAUGGUAUCGACUCUAAGCAGCCCCUUCCCUAUUCACAUUUGGACAUUGCGGGAUCGUCUGGACCCUUUCCAGGAGUCCCCACUGGGUCUCCACUAGUUGCCAUGGCAGCCAAAUACAUCCUUCCCAGGUUGUGAAUGCUUUGUGUGGGAUAAACAUUAUCUACUUAGCAUGGCUAAGUACAGGAACUUUGAGUCAAAGUUGAGUGAAACUGCAGAAGGAAUAAAGAUUCUUGUGUAAAUUUUGGUAAUUAUUGAGUGUGAAAUUAUUUGAAUUAUUGGAAGUGUGAUUAUUCGUUAUUUUGACAUCAGUUGAUCUUGGAUAUUUUUCCUUUUCUUAUUCAAGUAUAAUCAUAAUGCUAUUGUAGUAUUGCUUAUCAAAUUAUUUUUGAUUUUAAAGAUGACAAUCAUGCUUAAAAGAAUAGUUUUUUGACUUGUAUGCUUAUACAUCUGUUCUGAAAUUUGUUUAUAAAUUCAAAUGCAAAUGAUGUUUUUCAGUCAUAAUCAUAAUUCAGGUAAAAUCAUAAUUCUGCCA